GAAGCGGGGCGCCAGCGGAGCCAGCAGUCUCCGUCCGACUGGUCCGACGGUCCGCGCUGCUGUGCUGGUUGUGCUGUUUGUGCGUCUGUGCGUGCCUUCUUUGGAAGUGUCGGCAAGUUUUGUUGCGAUGUGGCGGCCCACAAGUUGACUCUUGGAUACGGCGUACUGUCCCGAGAUGGACGUGUCUAAAAGUGGAUACAAUGAAACGGCCACUACAAAGGCUGUGCCCUGGCCGCUGUCCAAUUCAGGUGGGCGGACAGAGGGGGCCCGUGGCGGGGGCUGGGGCCGUUGCCCAGCCAGCUGAGGCGACCCCAUGGAGCCCCGAUGCGGGGACUCGGUGGCGGGCCACUCGGGCGGCGUGCGGCUGCCAGGGGACAAGGCCCUCCGCAGCAUGUCCCCGGGAGGGGACCUGGGCUACCACACCCUCCUGGGGACGCCAUCCUGGGGGGACGCCUCCCCCACGGCCCAGCCCCAGCAGAGGAACCCCCGCAGGGGUUGGUGUCCAUUCGACCGACUGCCGGACGACCUGCUUCUGCGAGUGCUGGGCUUCCUGGCGAGCGACGAGCUGUGCCGCUGCGCCCGCGUCUGUCGGCGCUGGUACUUCUUGGCCUGGGAGCCCCAGCUUUGGACCAGUGUGGUGCUGGCUUCCGAAAGGCUGCCCGUGGACCACGGGCUGCGCACGCUGUUCCGCCUGCUGAGCAGGGACACCCCGGGGGUGUGCUCUGCCGUAGAGCGGGUCUGCCUGAGCGGCUGCUUGCGGCUCAGCGACGGGGGCCUCACAGCGGUGGCCCGACGCUGUCCCCAGCUCAGGACGCUCGAGGUGCGGGGCUGCACCCAGGUCACGGACGUGGGCGUCUCGGAGGUGGUCUCCCGCUGUCUCAGCCUCGACCGCCUCGACCUCACUGGGUGCUUCCAGGUGACGAGCGUAAAGUUCCGCCCGGCGGUGCCCGCGGGCGGGGGCGGUGGCCCGACGGACCAUGGGCGGGCGGACUCGUCACUGCCCGGGCGGGGCGCACCCCGGCAGCUGUACCUGCAGUAUGUGGACCUGACAGACUGCCAGGCCCUGGAGGACGCUGGGGUCAAGGCCCUGGCCAGGGGCUGCCCCCAGCUGACCCACCUGUUUUUGCGGCGCUGCCUGCGCAUCACGGACGCCGCCGUCAAGGCCGUGGCCAGCUACUGCGUCAUGCUCAGGGAGCUCAGCAUCAGCGACUGCCUCCAGGUGACGGACUUUGGGCUGUAUGAGCUAGCCAAGCUGGGGCCCCAUCUGCGCUACCUGAGCGUGGCCAAGUGCGAGCGGGUGUCCGACGCGGGCCUGAAGCAGGUGUGUCGCCACUGCUACCGGCUGCGCUACCUCAAUGCCCGGGGCUGCGAGGCCGUCUCGGACGCCACCCUCGAAGUGCUCGCUCGCUCCUGCCCCCGGCUCAGGGCCCUGGAUGUGGGGAAGUGCGAGGUAGGAGACCGUGGCCUGGCCUGCCUGGCGAGGCAUUGCCCCAACCUGCGUAAGCUGAGCCUCAAGUCGUGCGACUUGGUGACGGACAGGGGCCUGCAGGCCCUGGCCUACUUCUGCCGAGGCCUGCAGCAGCUCAGCCUCCAGGACUGCUCCAUGGUGACCCUCGACGGGUAUCGCACUGUGCGCAAGCUGUGCCGCCGCUGCAUCAUCGAACACACCAACCCGGGCUUCCACUGACCCGCCCGCCAACCUCCCACGAGGUCCUGCCAGUGCGGGCCAACGACGGACUGCAGUGGCGAAGAAACUCUUCGUGCUCCUUGGAGAAAUGCUUCGAUUUGAUCGAGAUGUUUUUUUUGUCUAGUUACCCAAUUUGCAUUAUCUUAACUGAAGUCUGUGCAAGUUGGGAACGUGAGCCGGAGUGGUCCCUCAUCCUUUUCAGUGCCAUAGACAAGCAUCGUUUGUUUGUGGAUGUUUGCUUUGCACGACCUUCUCCAAAAAGACUGUGCGUGUGAUCGUAUACUUUUCCAAAAUUUUGCCAUUGCACCAGCGCCCGCAAAGCUGAUUACAAACAAAUAUGGCUUCUUACAGUGCAAAAGUCGUUGGAAGCAAUCAGCUGUGAUGUCAGGCACAUUGUCAAAAUGCAGCCAGGAGUUGACUUAUGAGAUGGGGCUUCAGAUCCCUCCGCAAAAUGCAGUCAAUCCUAUGGGCAUGGCAUCAUCAUCUUAUGGGCAUCAUUCUCCAUGCUUGCCAUUCAAUACAGCUAUCAUGCAUUGGCAUUGUUCCAGAAAAUAGUAGACGAGGCUAAACAACUUUUUAAUAGAAGUUUGAACAAUGGUCUGUUCAAUUUUAUCUUCAAUCUCAUUGGAGUAUUCGAAAAAAAAUUUCAGCUUAUUACAUAGGCAGUUUAACAUCUGUGAGUCUGCAGCAUUAAUGCAUGGCCACAUGGUGCAAAAUGACUUCUGUAGUAUCGGUGAUGCAGGUGCCACUUUCCUAAGGCCGGCUUCACACGGAGCAACUUUGACUAAUGUCUUGACAUUACGUCGACUGCAACACGAGUCUGCAUUCACACGCAGCGACCAUUGAAAAUCAGUGUGCUACGUUUUGUCAUCGUCAUUGUUGAAAUAGUAAUUUUGACGCACUAUUUGGACACAAAGUUUCAUCUUAAUAAGACGUUUGAUGUCUUUAAGUCGUGUUGCGACUAACCAGCAAUUUUCCCAAAAUAAUUUAGCUUUGAAAAUGAUCCAUUGCAAAACAGAAUGAAGUUGCGUUCCAGUCUUUAGUUAUCAUUAAUAUUGCCAUGGGGACCUCUCGUGAAAGUAUCUCGUCCCUGGUUGAAUUCUGCCGCUUCAGACGUCUCCGAGUUGCUCAUCUCGCGCAUCACUUUCGCUUCAGGUCGAUCCCAGUAAUUCAUGUUGCAGCACAAACGUCUAAGGAACAACUCGUCAGCAACCUUGAAAUUCCAGAGAAAAUUGCCUCGUCUGAAGUGGGCCUUAGUAUGGAAGUGCACAUGGGGAGUAAUGCUCCUCCCAGAUGGGUUUGUGCACAUGGGCUUUGAUAAUUUUGAAAGAACAAUGUUGCAGCUUACAGAACACUGGCACAUGGAGUGACUGCCUGUUUUUGAUAUAGACAGGUGAUCUGAGGGAACAGGUUUGUUGGUGCCCAAAUAAGGACUUUUGCAGAAACCUUAUUGACAAUAGAAUGCCAUUUGGGUGCCAAUGUUACGAUCCACGGCACAGUCAUGUGCGACGUGUAUCAAUUCUUGCUGAUUCAGGGCAACUGUUAUGCAAGAGGGACCUCUUUGCUAGAAGGUGUAAGAGAGGGAAAGUAGAAAGUCCUUCGGAAAUCUUGGUGUGGUCAUUGUUUGUACUGUAAAAUCAAAUGCUCUUUAAGUGUGUGGAUUAGCGGAAAGCGACUAAGGUUUGGAACGAGGUAUUUCUUUUCUGAGAAUAUUGGUCUGAUUUCCAUUGCAGUGUGGGAUAUAUGCACCUCAAGGUCAUGUCAGUUUGCAUAGUUGUUUGGCAGCAUAGUGCUGUAAAUAAAAGUGUGUGUACAGUUAGGCUUAGGUUUUUGUUUGGCUAAGUUAGGUAGCAAUCGGCUGUUUUUUUUAGCACUUGGAAGGCAGGUGCUCAUGUUCUCGUCACAACUGUACCUCAGUGUGCCUCCGAAAUUCAUAAAUUCAAGCAUGAAAUUUUUUUUUACUCUUACACCUUUUUUUUUUUAAGGAUAUUUUUUUGGUGGCCAUUAUAUGAAAGUUGCAUCAUUUUGUGGAAUUGACUUAUAACUAGGGUUGGAUGUUUUCAGGUAAAGCCUGGCUUUACCCAGUGAAUACAUCAUGAAUGUGGUUUGAAAAAUUGUUCCCUGGAUUUAAGAAUGUGGCAAGCACUGCCUGGUGCAGGAUUUCUCAUACUGCUUUCCUAGAAUCCCAAGGUUACCCCCAGAGUACUUCCAGGGGUUCCUAAAACAUCCAAAAUUCUUUCUUAUCAUCUGCACCCCUGAGUAAGUUGUUUUCCCAAUUUAAGUUCUCUUUUGGCUCAUGAGCCAAAGCUCCCCCCUAGUUUGUGCAUUAGUGUUGACAAGGUCUGCGGGCUCCUGAGCUGCAUCAAUUAAGCGAUGCCGAAACAAGUUCAUCGGUUGUGAUUUAGAGGGACUCUGCAUGCUCAAAAACAUUUUUUUCCUGGCUGCAUGGGCGGCCACAUAUCUCACAAGGUGCCCUUUUUGCAGGAAGGAAUUCAUUAACAUAAUACUUGAACUGCGAGACGUUUAUCAAUCUCUGAGCGAUUUUGUCUUUUUGCUUGUGCUUACUCGGAAGACUUGGUGAUAAACGUCACUGCGAUGACAGAUUGCGAGCUACUUCAUCAGCCUCCCAUUGGCUGAAAGGAGUAUGGAGGACACAUACCCUCACCUCUCCUUUAUGCCUCUGUUUACGUUUCUGUGCGCUGCUAAAAGGCGAGAGAAAGAAAAGUGGAGUGGGAGAUUGACCUGUACAUUCCACUGACAGCUCUGUCUAAAUUGACUCCUGCAGCUUAAGUAUUCCAGUAAUUAACUGUUUGUU